AAAACGUUCUUUAACCUCGACACCCAUAUCUCGUAGUGGUCAUGGCCGCUGUCAUCUGUAUUUUCGGGCGUUCGAAGGAAGGCGUUACCACUUCGUCGUCACAUCGGCUGGUUUAGACCGCGGGCGGCUGCAGCCGUUGAUUGAGUCGGGCUGCGUAAUCGCCGAAACUUGGAUCAUGACACGGCGACAUCGUCCCUGACUGCGAUCGGCCGAAUGCCAGUGGAACGCGAUGCCCCUCUUCAGAAGGAAGCCAGACAAGCCACAAGAUGCGGGUGAGCUCGGAGGUGAAGUGUCUGGUCGGCAGGUGUCGAGGCAUGGCUCACAGGCCAGCCUCCACAACGGUGCAGUUCCUGCCGACAUCAGUAUGCUGGAGGACGCUGCCCCUCCGCCACCGUCUCCACUACAGUCGGCGGAAGAGGAGUAUGAACCAAACCUGUGCGUGCGGACAAAGUCUUGCCUCUCGAAGACCCUUGAUGAGGUGCUACAGGAUGCCGGGGCACUCGCCUACUUCAUUCAGUUUGCAGAAGAGCAGGGUGCGCGACCCUUGGUAAAGUUCUGGAUGGAGGCCCAGAGCUUUCACGCCUCGUGCAUUCUCCGUCGCUCGUCUGCUUCGCACCAAACUUCCAUCAAGGACUUACCACUGCCCCAUAGGACGCCGGUGAACGGGGAGAAAAUAGAAAGGGACGGAGAGAAGCAUUCGGCGGGCGACUGCCAUCCAGUGGUCUGCCGCGACAGGGAAAAGCGCCCCCAAGUCACAGAUUGUGAUGUUUCUCGUCGGCAGGCCGACCGCGGGCCUCUUGGUAACGGACACGAGGAGGACGUGGCUCGUUGCCAGGACAACAAGCAGGUGACGUCCGAAAGUUCCUCGUGUCUAGGUUCACAAAAAAACUCAAGCAAGAGUUUGCGAAGCCAAUGUCUUUCAUCGACUCCGCGUUUGGAUGGUGCGGCGGCAGCGGUGCCGUUUGGAAAGGACCCUCUGCAGGCAGCAAGUUCGUCUUCCGAGAAUUCACCACAAGCCUUUGUGGAAGGUUACAGUGCAAAUCUGUCGUCCGUGCAGUGUGUCUGCCCCCGCGAGUGGGACUGUGCACCGGGCAUUGCUGCAAAGGGGAGUGCGGGUGAAAUGCCCUGUGGUGUUGUGCAGCAGUCGAAGGGUGGUGAAGGUGAAGUGGGUGGUCACAGGGGCAGUGUGGGAGGUACAAACUCGAGGUCAUUGUUCACGUGCAAUCUGAAUGGCGUACAGUCGUCUUCUCGGGAAGGAGAUGAUGUCGAUGCGUCGACCGGUGAGACCUUCGACGGUCAAGACAUCUCGACGGGGCCGUCGCCGGGACGGCGUGAUAGUCUUGGUCAAGAUGCCAUGCACAUAUACAACAUGUACAUUGCUCAAAACGCACCUCUUCCGAUUGGUGUUCCAGAUGACCUGCGGUGCCGCAUUCAAGAUUCUGUGUCUCGAAGCCCAGUUAAGCCGGAAUGCUUUUUUGAGGCACAGCAGUUUGCAGUAAACCAAAUGGAGAAAGACUUGUACCCAAGCUUUCUUAGGAGCCCGUACCACUGCAAACACCAGGUGGAUGUGCUCACGAGCGGAAACGUGUCGCUGGCCGACAUCUUGUACAACGAUUCAGCACUUUUCUACUUCAUGGAGUUUAUGGAGCAGGAGCAGAGCCGACACCUGGUGGACUUUCUGCUCAUGGCGGAUAACUUUAAGAACCAACUGUUGGCCAAGGGAAGCUACAACCCGACUCAGGCCCAGGACGAUGCCAUGGUCAUCUACGACAAGUACUUCUCGCUGCAGGCGACCAGUCCUCUGGGCUUCAGUGAUGCGGUGCGGCUGGAAGUGGAGCAGAACAUCUGCCGAGAGGAGGGGCCGCUGCCCUCGUGCUUCGACAAGCCUGUCCUGGUGCUCCUGCAGCACCUUGAGAAGAACCACCUCAAGUCCUUCCUAUCCAGCCAGCUGUACGUCAAGUACAUCUCCGAGUGCAUCGUCACCAUCCAGACAGCACAGAGCGACACAGACUCUCUGCGGCGAAAGAAGCGCUCGGGCAGCGACAGCAGCAGCAGCGAUCUGUCAUCACUGGCCUCGCAGCCGGCGGCGGUUCCGACGACCACCAACACGCUGCUGGCCGUGGACAGCAGCGGCAAGUGGUUGCCGGGCACCCCGAGCACACGGCGCAUCUUGCGUCACAUUGAGGGCAACGACAUGAAGAUUGACUCGGGGCAGUUCAACCCGGACGCCCUCUGGAAGCGCAGCCUGGCUGGGAAGCUGCAGAUGGCACACUUCGACCACUUGGGCAAGUUGACGACCGAGUUCGAGCCAGAGCCGGACAAAAAGACAGGUUCUAACCUCACCAAAGCAUUCAGAAAGCUAGUCAACUGGGAAGCAGAUAAGACUGAAGAGGACAUGGCAUGGCAGGUUGCCGAGAUGAUAGUCAAGGACAUCUGCCGCGUCACGCUGUGUCCAGAUGACACCUCGCAAGACGUUGGAUAGGUCACACCUUAUCACAUUAUGCAAGUAGACUUUGUUGUUUUUCUCCCUCUACCUCGGUGCUUCCACAUGGCGUCGAUGUUGAGCAAAGAGUGCCAAGACCGGGGCGGACCUCGGCAGUCAGCCGAGCAGCCCUCGGGUGGGAAAAAGAAGCCCCGGCAUGUGCAAUGUCGGCCCUGAGGAAGAGUUCGGCCCCUGCACGGAGAAGGGGACUGAAGCGAGAGACGGGUUGGCAACCGACACAAUAAAGGACACACGUGCCUAGCGCCACUAGCCUGCACUGCCUGUCGUUGUGAUAACAAGCUGGUGCUCGGCCACAAGAAAGGGCGGCAGAUGAACGACGUUGUUUCUCCCUGCCAGCUUGUCUCGACAGCAGGCGGGCUUGUGUGCUUCUUCUAAAAAGAUGAAACAAUAAACUCCUGCCUCUCCCCCUUUUUUUUACUGUUAGCA